CGUCUCCGCCCUCGCGCGGGAGCUGGGAGGCUGCGAGAUCCCUGCCUCUGUAUCUGCGUGAGCCACCGCGGCGCCGCCUGACCCUCCUCAGCCGCCGCUGAGCCGCGCCCGGAGCCCGGCCGAGGAGGCUGCAACUGCAGCCGGGAGCCCGCAGCCCGCGCCUCGAGCCCGCCGCCGCCCUCCGAGGGCGCCCCAGGCCUCGCCAUGGUGAAGGUGACGUUCAACUCGGCUUUGGCCCAGAAGGAGACCAAGAAGGACGACCCCAAGAGCGGCGAGGAGGCGCUUAUCAUCCCCCCCGACGGCGUCGCGGUGGACUGCAAGGACCCAGAUGAUGUGGUACCAGUUGGGCAAAGAAGAGCCUGGUGUUGGUGCAUGUGCUUUGGACUAGCAUUUAUGCUUGCAGGUGUCAUUCUAGGAGGAGCAUACCUGUACAAAUAUUUUGCGCUUCAGCCAGAUGACGUGUACUACUGUGGAAUAAAAUACAUCAAAGAUGAUGUCGUUUUAAAUGAGCCUUCUGCGGAUGCCCCAGCUGCUCGCUACCAAACUAUUGAAGAGAAUAUUAAGAUCUUUGAAGAAGAUGAGGUUGAAUUCAUCAGUGUGCCUGUUCCAGAGUUUGCAGAUAGUGAUCCUGCCAACAUUGUUCAUGACUUUAACAAGAAACUCACAGCCUAUUUAGAUCUUAACCUGGAUAAGUGCUAUGUGAUCCCCCUGAACACUUCCAUUGUUAUGCCACCCAGAAACCUCUUGGAGUUACUUAUUAACAUCAAGGCUGGAACAUAUUUGCCUCAGUCAUAUCUGAUUCAUGAGCGCAUGGUCAUUACUGAUCGCAUUGAAAACGUCGAUAACCUGGGUUUCUUUAUUUAUCGACUGUGUCAUAACAAGGAAACUUAUAAACUGCAACGCAGAGAAACUAUUAAAGGUAUUCAGAAACGUGAAGUCAGUGAUUGUGUCACAAUUCGGCAUUUUGAAAACAAAUUUGCUGUGGAAACUUUAAUUUGUUCUUGAACAGUCAAGAGAAACAUUAUGGAGAAAAAUUUAAUACACAGCAUAACCCCACCCUUUGUAUUUUGUGCAGUGAUUAUUUUUUAAAAUCUUCUUUCAUGUAAGUAGCAAACAGGGCUUCACUAUCUUUUCAUCUCAUUAAUUCAAUUAAAACCAUUAUCUUUAAAAAAUC